CGUACUAGAAACCUGUGAUUGUUUGCUUGGUUACUGACUGAUCGGAAGAAUAUUCACUAGCUUGGUCUACUAGAUAUAAUCUAAUACUAUGGAGAUUAAAACAAAAUUCGUACAUUAAAAUAUUUAAAACAUUUUUAAUUUAUAAAGAGACGAAAAUGGCCACUGUUAUGCAUGGCAGACGCAAAGGACAAAACAAAGAUAUGAAAGUUUCAUUAGAUACAGAGGUUCUCCAUGGUGGAAUGAUACUGCCUGAUGGAACAGACUUGCGGCAAGUUACGGUCCUUACUAAACAUGAUUGGGACAGAAUUGAGCAGGAGCUAAACCGUAAACAAAUUCAAGAUGAAAUGGUUAGAAAACUGCGAGAGGAAAGAGAGGAGCAAAAGAGAAAAUCAAAAGAGCUCAUUAAAAACUGGGCUAACACUAUUGCAGGUCAAAGACAAAGAAAACUUGAAGCUCGCAGAAUAAGAGAAGAAAAAGAAGAAGAGGAAAGGAAACAAAUUGAUAUAGAAGAAGCUAAAUAUCAGGCUCAAAAGCGAAAAGAAGCCAUUGAAAAGGCAAAAACCCAGCAGUAUUAUCAGACUGAUAGAGUCAAGGCUUUCCAUAGUGCUUUGACCCUUACCGAAGUUCUGAAAGAACGAGAAGCUCAGCUUGAGUUGAAGCGGUUGAAGGAACAGGCUAUGGGAGACCAGGACCGAGAGUACUUAAAAAUUGACCGGGAACUUUAUGAAAUGUCCAUCAAGGCAGACCAAGAAAAAGCUCAAUUGCGUAUGGAAGAAGCAAGACGAGCUCAACAGUUCCAGAUUGAUCAAAUUAAUGAACACUUGAAGAAUGCUGGCAAACAGAAGCAUGAUGACCUAACUGAGGGAGAAGAGCUAAAGAAACUGGCCAUUCAAUUUCAAAUAGAGAGAGAGAGGUUGGAGAACAUUAGGAGAGAUGAGAGGCUGGCAUUGCUCAAGGAAAACAUGAGGCAAAUACAAGAUGUUGAGAAAAUGAAAGUUCUGCAGCAACAACAAGAUGAGGAAGAAGAUGAAGAGUGCCGUGUGUUUGCCACAGCAAAAAGAAAGAUGAUGAAACUUAGAGCUGAGAAGGAACAGGAGAUUCACAAUGAAAAGCAAGCCCAGCUGGAAAAAAUCCGUGAAAAAUUGUCUGCUCAGAUGAAGUUGAAGGUCAAGGAUGAAGAGACUAGGAUACGUAAUGCAGCCGAGGAAGCUGAGAAGAAAAGGCUGGAAGAAGAGAGAGCUAAGGAAGAAAAACUCUUGAUGGAAAUCAAACUCCAAGCUGAACACAGAAACAAACAGCUCAAGGAAAAAGAAGAGAAAUUAAAGCGUGAUAAGAGAGAAGAGUUAGAGCUCCUGGAAAUGCGAAGAGCUGCUGAUCAACUCUUCCAUCAGAAUGAGGCUGAGAAAGCAAUACGUCGCAAACAAGAAGCUGACUCACUGAAAGCUUACCACGUUGAUCAAUAUAAUGAGCGUGUAAACAAAGAAGAGCAGGCCAGGCGAGCACAACUUGCCCUAGACAAAGCUAAUGUGGAACUCAUUGAAAAAGAGGAAAUACAGUUCCAGGAGUAUGCUAGAAAGGUCAUUGACCACUGCAAGGAAGGAGGUCGCAAUGUUUACCCCCUAGAAAAGGCUGCGAGGUGGGGAUCUGGUGGAGGGUCAGGCCCCAACUUUCCUGGUAAAGCAGGGGUCAGGCCAAGCUACAUGGUGUCAGAUAAGUCAGGAGUGCAGAUGCCACAUUUCCAGAAUGACACCACAGAAGAGAGCAAACUUCAGGUCUAUGGAAAAACUCCAAGCAAAAAUAGAUUAGGAUUUGUGUGGUAGUUUGCAGCAGUGUUAAGUAAAGUAAAAAAAAAUGGAUGACAUGUACCUUUAACUUUAUUGAUGUUAACUUUAAGAGUUAACUUUGCUUAUCAGUUUUUAACUGAUUAUGUUGUCAAAUAUUCUUCUGCACUAUCAGAUGCACAUGAUAGAUAUUUGUAAUGUACCUGCCGUGAAACACAAAUGUUUUUAUGUGAUUUAACUUACAUUAAACCUUAAGCAAACAACCAGACAACAAUUU